AUGAAUUUACAGAAACAUAUAGCACAGAGAAAUGCUCAGAAGAAUGUUAUAGACUAUUAUUUAGCGAGAAUAGAAGACGCCAAAAGCGCCGAGAACAUUUCACUGAUCGAUUUCAACGGAAUAUUUGAAAAACUCGCGUUAAAAGUGAAACAAAUGGAAGAAAUGAACGAGAAGAUUGCAAAUCUUACGGACAGCGAAGAAAUUAACGAAGAAAUUAUACAAACCGAAAAGUAUAUGUUGGACUUAGACCUUAAAAUGAGACACCUUAGUGACUUUAGAGAUAAACAGAUUCGUACAGAUGUACAACAACCGCAGUUUUUCCCCACUGAUGGUCAGUCAACUCUUCAUGUGGAGUCGCAGCAGACAUUUUCCUCUGAAUUUUCGCAGUCCGCAACUGACAGAUCGUCACAGAGCACUUCCGGUUUUCAACAAGCACAGUUGAAUGUAAAUGCACAUCCUUUCGUCAGUCAGAAUGUAAGUAACAAUUCAUUUCAAUUUCAUAGACUGCCAAAGUUGUCUCUACCAAAAUUUAACGGUGAUAUUCUUAAAUGGCAAGGUUUCUGGGAUUCCUUUGAAUCAACCAUUCACCUGAAUACCAAUCUCACAGACGUACAGAAGUUUACAUAUUUACAGUCUCAGCUAGAGGGCGUUGCAGCACGUACUAUAGACGGUUUUGCCUUAACAAAUUCCAAUUAUUUGAGAGCCAUUAGUUUACUUAGAGAGAGGUUCGGACAACAGCAUAAGAUUGUACAUACCACCAUGCAGGCCUUGAUACAACUACCGGCGCCAUUGAACACGCUUAGCAGUUUACAAGCGUUCCAUGACAAAAUGGAAACGUACAUUCGAGGGUUAGAAUCAAUGGGGCAGAAUCAAGAAAGUUACGGAAGCCUGUUAGUGCCAAUAAUUUUAGACAAAAUGCCACAAGAGGUCAGAAAAAAUCUUGCACGAGAACACGGCGACAAUGACUGGAAGUUAGAAGAACUUAGGAGUGCCCUGAGGAAAGAAGUCCGGAUACUUGAAGUCGGAAUUCAAAGCUAUACACCGGAAAUAAACGAUUUCAUACCGACAUCGUCUUUUUACACUGGAGCGUUAUCAAAGCAAAGAAGAAAGCAAAAUAAAGACAAAACAGAGAUAGAUUUCAAUACAAACAGAAAAAAUAAAUCAAAUGAUAUCAUUUGUGCAUUCUGUGAAGAAUCACAUAAAUCUAUUGACUGUACAAGGUUUCCUGAUACGCUGUUAAGAAUGCAGAAAGUGAAAGAAAAACAAUUGUGCUUUAAUUGUUUAAGAAAACACCGGGUCAUAAACUGCACGUCACAAAGAAGAUGUCUGGUCUGUAAAAAGAAACAUCAUACUAGCAUAUGUAACAACAAGAGUAAAGAACACAACAGUGGCGGGAAUGUUCCGGAUGUACAGCCAUCAAAACCGGAAACGGCAGUUCUACAUUCAUCUACCCAAGAAACUUCCCAUGGUGUUUUACUGAAAACAGCCAUUAGCAAGGUGACUUCCGGUAACAUAACAAGGGAUACUCAUAUCCUGUUUGACGAAGGAGCACAGAAGUCAUUUAUCACCGAGACGCUAGCACAAGAAUUGCAACUAUCCACAUCCGGUACAGAAACCUUACACUUAGCAACGUUUGGUAACCAAGAACAACAACUAAAACAUGUUGAUUCCGCAACGGUGUACCUCAUUACAAACCAGAAAAAGAGAAUACCGAUCAAUGUAUUAAUAGUGCCUACUAUAUCAGUACCUAUUAGUACCAGUCUACACAACACAGCGUCCCAUUUACCUUACCUGAGAGGACUGAACCUGGCACAUCCGGUUAGCGGCGAUGAGGUAUUUACAAUUUCUCUGCUGAUAGGAGCUGACCAUUACUGGGACGUCAUUGAAGAUCAUAUUAUACGCGGAUGUGGACCAACUGCAGUGAAGUCCAAGAUCGGAUAUCUUUUGUCGGGACCUGUGAAUGCAUACUGCAACAAUACUACUAGUAAGAUGAACCACAUAUUUAACGUUAUGACCACACGUGCACGAGAUGAAAACGCUAUAGAACGUUUCUGGUCGCUCGAGAGCAUAGGUAUCACUCCGUGCAAAGACGAGCAUGAGAAGACGGAUUACUUGGUGCAGUAUCAGCAGACGUCAAUUGAAUUUACAGACGAUAAGUACACUGCAGCCCUUCCAUGGAAAUUAGACCACGACCCACUUCCAACAAAUUACAACAUCACAAAGAAAAGAACUGAGAGCACGAUUCGCAGCCUUAGCCAGGAACCUGAUAUGCUAAAGAAAUAUGGUGAAAUUAUAUCAGAGCAAGAGAGACGGGGAUUUAUAGAAAAGAUUAACGAUGUUGCACAAACUUCAAAUGCAGUCCACUAUAUUCCCCACCACCCUGUGCGAAAGGAAUCAUCUACCACUCCUAUUCGUAUCGUGUAUGACUGUAGUUGUAAACAGUCAUCUAGUCAACCUAGCCUGAACGACUGCCUGGAGUCUACAGCACCUGUGCUGAAUGAAUUAACGUCUAUAUUGAUGCGAUUUCGAUUGAAAAAGUACGCUGUAACCACUGACAUAGAAAAAGCUUUCCUACAUGUGGGACUACAAGAAAAAGACAGGGAUGUUACCCGGUUUUUGUGGCUCACUGAUCCUAGUGAUCCUAAAUCUCAACUUUGCACAUACCGAUUCAAAGCAGUGUUGUUCGGCGCGACGUGCUCACCGUUCAUUCUUAACGCCACUAUUCUCAAACACCUGGAAUUGAACAAAACAAACAAAGCAGCCGAGAUUAUAAAGAGAGAUUUAUAUGUUGACAAUAUACUCUCUAGUUUUGAAGAAAAAAGAGAUCUACUCACCUAUUUCCGUGAUGCACGUGAUCUGAUGAAAUGUGCCAGUAUGAACUUAAGAUCGUGGUCUUCUAACAACUCCGAACUAAAAGCUAUCGCCACACGAGAAGGAGUCAUAGAUAGAGAUGAAGUAACCAAGGUACUAGGUAUGUGCUGGAAACCGGAAACAGAUUCCAUGGCAUACAGACAUCACAAGAUACCAAAGUUAGACUCUGUAACCAAGAGGGACAUUCUAAGAUAUUCAUCACGAAUUUAUGAUCCACUAGGUCUGUUAAGCCCGGUAACAGUAAGGGCAAAAUUACUUCUUCAGCAAUUAUGGAAAGAUAAGUUUGAUUGGGAUGUACCGUUACCACUAGAGGUGCAAGAUAAAUGGAACAAGCUGGCUGAAGAUCUGAACACAGUUACAGAUACAGAGUUUUCCAGACAGUACAUACGGCAGUCAAAGCAUAAACAGACCAUAAAUAAUUCAAGAACAAAAAGUACUCUCCAUGUAUUUGUCGAUUCCAGUCUCAAAUCAUAUGGAGCAGCAGUAUACAUAGUGAACGCAGAUGGAUCCAGAUUGGUGAUCGCGAAAAAUCGGGUAGCUCCCGUGAAACCCAUGACAUUACCACAGCUCGAACUUAUGGCCGCAGUAGUCGGCGCCAGAUUAGUUCAACACGUACAAGAAUCCUUGAACAUUUCCGACGUCAUCUGCUGGUCCGAUAGCCAGAUUGUGCUUCAUUGGUUAUCAACAUCUAAACCACUGAAACGGUUCGUGCAGAACAGAGUGAUAGAAAUACAAACACUUACUAAAAAUUACCCAUGGCACUAUUGUCCAACAUAUGAUAAUCCUUCAGACCUUCUAACUCGUGGUAUUCCUGCUGACCAGCUCUUACAGAACGACCUAUGGAACAGUGGGCCGUCAUGGAUACAAAACCAGUCCAACUGGCCUGUUUGGAAACCAACAGAGAAUGAAAUGCAGACGACAACAAAAACGCAGACGACAGUUUCGGAUAUCUCGUUGCCCUCCGAUGCCACAAAGAUGAGCGUAGUAUGCAGUAUAAAGUGUAGCACAAAUGAAGGCAUCCAUCAAGUAAUCAACAUAGAGAAAUACAGCAAAUACUUCAAACUGUUACGUGUAACUGCCUACUUAUUACGAUUCAUAAGCAAUUGCCGAAAUACACAGACAAAACUUACCGAUGAAUUAACGACAGCAGAAAUCGAAAGAGCAGAGAUAAGGUGGCUAAAAUGUUGCCAAGAAAGUACUUACCCAGAUGAGAUGUCCAGUUUGAAGUCCAAUACCACCAAAAGAUUACCACUUGUCAAACAAUUGCGUUUAUUCGUAGAUAAAAGCGGUAUUAUUCGUUGUGAAGGACGUAUACAUAACGCGCCAUUAUCCGACGUCACCAAAUUCCCCUAUUUGUUACCGAAGAGACAUCCACUUACACGCCUGAUUGUACUAGACACACAUGAGAACCAGUUACAUGCAGGAACGAACGCUACUGCUACCCAGUUAAGGCAGAAGUACUGGAUCCCAGCUACCAGGCAGUGCGUAAAAUCUAUCCUCAGGAAAUGUACAAUAUGCAGACGAGUACAAGGAAAGCCGUAUAGAGCGCCAGAUCCACCACCAUUACCAAAAGUAAGAGUAGAAGAGUCUCCACCUUUCACUGUGACUGGAGUUGAUUACACAGGUGCGUUAUACGUAAGAGACCAUUCCGGAAGCGUAAUAAAAGUAUAUAUAUGUUUAUUCACAUGUGCCAAUUCUCGAGCCUUACAUUUAGAGGUUGUACCAGACCUGUCCAAAGAGUCAUUCCUACUAGCUUUUAGGCGUUUCGUAAGCCGGAGAUCAGUUCCGAGGGUCAUGAUGUCAGACAAUGCUACAACGUUUACAAGUGCUUCAGAAAGCUUGAAACAUAUUUUCCAGUCAACUCAAGUCAGAGAAACAUUAAGCAGAAAAGGCACAGAAUGGAAAUUCAUUCCCAAACGAGCACCAUGGUAUGGAGGAUGGUGGGAGCGACUAAUAGGUCUCACAAAAAUAGCGCUGAAGAAAGUUGUAGGAUGCUCCCUUGUUACCAUGGAAACACUUCAAACGGUAGUUACGGAGAUCGAAGCCAUGCUGAACGACAGACCGUUAACUCAGAUGUCAUCAAGUGUCGAUGACAUGGACCCACUAACACCGUCACACCUUCUCUACGGCCGGAGACUGACGUCACUUCCGUAUAACACAACUACCUUAGACUUUGAAAAUUCAUCCAAAUUUGACGAACAUUCUGCGGUUACAAAACAGGCAAAAUUACAAUCAAAGCUCCUUGACCAUUUCUGGAAACGGUGA